UUAUACGACUGUUUCACUGUUGUGUGAUGCUUGUUGAAGUGGUGGGUUUUUAUAAAAAUAAUAUAUAAAGAAAUGUGUGUUUAAAAAUUAAUUAAAUAUGGAAAUAGACGAAGUAGCAAAAUUAGAGCAUUUGUCUCUUGUAUCAAAAAUAUGUACAGAAUUAGAAAAUCAUUUAGGAGUAAACGAUAAAGAUUUAGCUGAAUUUAUAAUUCAUUUAUCAGAAAAAAAUGGUACCUUCGAAAACUUUAAAAGAGUAUUAAUUGAAAAUGGAGCGGAAUUUUCUGAUUCUUUUGUUCAAAAUCUCUUGAGAAUUAUAAAACACAUGAAACCAAUACCUACACAAGCAUCACCACCAGCAACGUCAAAAAAAGAUGAAUUAUCAACAAAAUUUCCCGCAUUAGCUCUACCAAAUGAAAGACAAGAUAAAAAAUUAGCUAAUGACGAUGAUAUUAUUAAUGAAGCAAUGGCCUCGUUAGAAGCCUUUGCACCAUCCAGCUUGAAGACUAAUAGUAAUGAAUCAAAUGAAAUUAAACACGAAAGAAAAAGAAGUCAUUCACGUGACCUUCAUAGAAAUAGAUCAAGAUCACCUCAUCAAAGGCAUAAGAGACAUAAAGGUAGAUCUCGUUCUCGACAUCGUUCAAGAUCAAAUUCACGUUCUCGACGUCGUUCAAAUUCCCGUUCACGCAGGCGCUCCAGAUCACGGGAUCAUAAACGUGAAAAUACAUCUCGAGACAGAAGAAGAUACAGAUCACGAGAACGUAAACGAUCACGGUCUGGUACCAGAAAAUCAAGAGUCGACGAUCGUAAAGAUUCAAGACGUACGCGAAAGGAAAGCGAAAGAUCAAGAUCACGUUCCACUGAGGAAUUGUCAAUUGAUCCUGAAAUUGGUAAAAUUUAUCCUGGUAAAGUGGCGAAUAUUGUGCCAUUUGGUUGUUUCGUUCAACUUGAAUCAUUAAAACGUCGAUGGGAGGGUCUUGUUCAUAUUUCACAAUUACGAAGAGAAGGUCGCGUUGCAAGUGCAAGUGAUGUUGUUUCACGUGGACAAAAAGUUCUCGUUAAAGUUCUCAGUAUAAGCGGUCAAAAAGUUUCAUUGAGUAUGAAGGAUGUCGAUCAAGAAACAGGACGUGAUCUCAAUCCAGUUAUAAAUGUAACAAGAACCGAGGAGGAUGAGAAACAUUUGAGGAAUCCUGAUCGUCCAACGUCAUUAUUGGAACUUCAAGCAAAUGACGAUGAGGACGAGACAUAUUCUAGGAAACGAGUACAAAGACUAUCAUCGCCUGAGAAAUGGGAAAUUAAACAAAUGCUUGCAGCGAAUUGUAUAGAUAGGAGUGAACUACCAGAAUUUGACAUGGAAACGGGACUUUUACCACGUGACGAUGAUGAAGAUGAGGACAUAGAAAUAGAAUUAGUAGAAGAGGAACCUCCCUUUUUACAAGGACAUGGCAGAAGUUUGGGAGACUUGAGUCCAGUGAGAAUUGUCAAAAAUCCUGAUGGGUCAUUAGCUCAAGCUGCGAUGAUGCAAAGUGCAUUAGCAAAAGAAAGAAGGGAACAAAAAAUGCUGCAAAGAGAACAAGAAAUAGAUUCAGCACCAACGGGAAGUCAUAAAAAUUGGAUUGAUCCCUUGCCAGAUGUUGAAAGUCGUUCGAUGGCAGCGAAUGCUCGAGGCAUUGGUCUUCAAACGCAAGAUUUACCUGAAUGGAAGAAGCACGUAAUUGGCGGUAAAAAAUCAUCAUUUGGAAAGAAAACGAAUUUAACACUUUUAGAGCAACGUCAAUCAUUGCCAAUUUAUAAAUUACGAGACGAUUUAGUUAAGGCCGUUACCGAUAAUCAAAUUCUCAUAGUUAUUGGAGAAACUGGUUCGGGAAAAACAACGCAAAUAACACAAUAUUUAGCAGAAGCUGGUUUCACAUCUCGGGGAAAAAUUGGCUGCACACAACCAAGGCGUAUAGCAGCUGUUUCAGUAGCAAAAAGAGUGGCUGAAGAAUUUGGUUGUCGUAUGGGUCAGGAAGUUGGUUAUACAAUUCGAUUUGAAGAUUGCACUGGUCCAGAAACGAAAAUAAAAUACAUGACAGACGGUAUGUUAUUACGAGAAUGUCUCAUGGACCUUGAUUUAAAAACAUAUUCCGUUAUUAUGUUGGAUGAGGCUCAUGAGAGAACAAUUCAUACCGAUGUUUUAUUUGGACUUUUAAAACAAGCUGUAGGCCGAAGACCAGAAUUAAAACUUAUUGUUACCAGCGCUACUUUGGAUGCUGUGAAAUUUUCUCAAUAUUUCUUUGAGGCGCCAAUUUUUACCAUUCCAGGCAGAACUUUUGAUGUUGAGAUUAUGUACACAAAGGAGGCUGAGACUGAUUAUUUAGACGCAUCAUUAAUAACAGUUAUGCAAAUACAUUUACGUGAGCCACCAGGCGAUAUUCUUCUAUUUUUAACUGGUCAAGAGGAGAUUGAUACUGCUUGUGAAAUUCUUUAUGAGCGAAUGAAAUCAUUGGGCAAAGAUGUACCUGAAUUAAUUAUUUUACCCGUUUAUUCAGCAUUACCAUCAGAAAUGCAGACAAGAAUUUUUGAGCCUGCACCACCUGGUUCACGUAAAGUUGUUAUUGCGACAAAUAUUGCCGAGACAAGUUUAACUGUCGAUGGAAUUUAUUAUGUUGUUGAUCCUGGAUUUGUGAAGCAAAAAGUCUAUAAUUCUAAAACUGGAAUGGACAGUCUUAAUGUAACACCAAUUAGUCAAGCGGCAGCAAAACAACGUGCAGGCAGAGCCGGAAGAACUGGCCCUGGAAAAUGUUAUCGUUUAUAUACAGAAAGAGCUUAUAGAGAUGAAAUGUUACCGACACCAGUGCCGGAAAUUCAACGUACAAAUCUUGCUACAACUGUUUUACAAUUAAAAACAAUGGGUAUUAAUGAUUUGCUUCAUUUUGAUUUUAUGGAUGCACCGCCAGUUGAAUCGCUUAUAAUGGCAUUGGAAUCAUUGCACAGUUUAAGUGCACUUGAUAAUGAGGGACUUUUAACGAGAUUGGGUAGGCGAAUGGCUGAAUUUCCCUUGGAACCAAAUUUAUCAAAAAUGUUAAUCAUGAGCGUUCAUUUACAAUGUUCUGAAGAAAUUUUAACAAUUGUCAGUAUGUUGUCUGUACAAAAUGUUUUUUACAGGCCAAAAGAUAAGCAAGCGUUAGCUGAUCAGAAAAAAGCAAAAUUUAAUCAGGCUGAAGGAGAUCACUUAACUCUAUUAGCGGUUUAUAAUUCAUGGAGAAACAAUAAAUUUAGUAAUGCGUGGUGUUAUGAAAAUUUCGUACAAAUACGAACACUUAAACGUGCACAAGAUGUGCGUAAACAACUUUUAGGAAUUAUGGAUAGGCAUAAAUUAGACGUCGUCUCAGCAAGUAAAAAUACGGUUCGAGUUCAAAAGGCUAUUUGUUCUGGAUUCUUUAGAAAUGCUGCGAAAAAAGAUCCACAAGAGGGAUAUAGAACUUUAGUCGAUAGCCAAGUCGUUUACAUUCAUCCUAGCAGUGCUCUGUUCAACAGACAACCAGAAUGGGUAAUUUAUCAUGAAUUAGUUCAAACGACAAAAGAAUAUAUGCGUGAGGUCACAACAAUUGAUCCAAAAUGGCUAGUGGAAUAUGCGCCGGCAUUUUUUAAAUUUAGCGAUCCAGCGAAAUUAAGUAAAUUUAAGAAGAACCAGAGACUUGAACCAUUAUAUAAUAAAUACGAAGAACCGAAUGCCUGGAGAAUAUCAAGAGUACGACGUCGACGUAAUUAAGCAUUUAAUUUCUAAACAUAUAUAUAUAUAUAUAUAUUUAAAUAUAUAUUUGUUAAUUUUAAAUUAUUACUGAAAAUAAUUUCUGUAAAUGUACAUAUUAAUUAAUUGUAGCGAAUACAAUACAUUAUCAUUGAAAUUUAAAUGCGACCAAUCAUAUUUCUAAUUUAAUUCAAUAUUCUGUAAUUUCUUUUUGUAUAAACAAAAAGUGGCACGUUUGCCUAUAAAA